AUGUCAGCCACAACAGACCCUACAACAAAUAUGGCCAGCGAAGCCGAGAAAGGAAAACAGGAACCUCUCAAGAUGGAGCCUUCCACCUCAAACCCUCCUCCCAAGUACGAGCACGACUCAGCAUCCGGUUCAGACGGCGAAGUCCCCAAAGGCGAGACAACCGACGAGAUCGGAAACAUCUUCGAGGGUGAGGAUGGAAAGAGCUACAGGACCAUGACCCGAUGGGGUACCAUCUUUGCUCUCCUCACCAACCAAUUCGGUAUCGGCGCUCUGGGUCUUCCCAGUGCUUUCGCGACUCUCGGUCUUGUCCCUGGUUUCAUCACUCUUUUCGGAUCUGCUAUUUUGGCCUGGUACACCGGCUUUGAGCUGUACCGCUACUCUAUCCUCCAUCCUCAAUGUGUGCACAUCAUUGAUCUGGCCAAGGCUGCUGGUGGUCGACCCUGGCAAAUCAUCGUGGCCAUUGGAUUCCUCAUCCAGGUCAUCAUGUUCUGCUCUUCUGCUAUCGUCACCAUCUCAAUUGCCUUCAACACCAUGACCGAGCACUCCAUCUGCACUGUCGGUUUCAUGGCUGUCGCCGCUGUCAUUUCAUACCUCCUUUGCAUUCCUCGAACUGUCAAGUUCAUCUCUCGCAGCGGCCCUCCUACCGUUAUCUCCCUCGUCGGCGCCGUCCUCAUCGUCAUGAUCAGUCUUGGAUUUGCCAACCCUGUCAAGGCCCCCGAGGGUUGGACCCCUGAGAUCAAGGCCUUCAACAACCCUGGCUUCCGCAACAUCUUCAACGCCGUCCUCAAGAUCGUUUUCGCCUAUGCUGGCAACCACUCUUACGUCUCUUACAUGGCUGAGAUGAAGGAUCCUCGCAAGGAUUUCCCCUUCUCUCUUACCUGGUUGAUCUGCCUUACCACUGCUUUCUACUCCAUGCUUGCCACCGGUAUCUACUGUCUCGCCGGCGAGUACACGACUUCUCCCGCUCUUGGUUCCGCUCCCCACAUCUACGCCAAGGCUGCUUACGGAGUUGUCCUCCCCGCUAUCUUGACUGGUGCCCUUGCCAACGGUCACGUCGGUGUCAAGUACAUGUUCAUCGUCGCCAUGAAGCAGAUGAAGGCCACUCACGAGAUCACCUCUAACAGCAUCCGCUCAUGGGCUGCCUGGAUGAUCUGCACCACUCUCUUCUGGAUCAUCUCCUUCAUCCUCGCCAAUGCCAUCCCUAUCUUCGACUCUAUUGUCUCGAUCCAGUCCGCUACCACCUACGCCUGGUUCUCCUUCGGUAUGAGUGGUGUCUUCUACAUCGUGUCUCGCAAGGACAUCCACUUCCAGGGCGGAAAGAACAUUGCUUUCUUCGUUCUCAAUGUCUGUAUCAUCAUGUUCGCCUUCUUCCUCAACGGUGCUGGUCUCUGGGCUUCCUUGACCGAGAUGCUUGAGAUCUUCGCUACCGGCGAUAAUGUCAACGGUACUUUCAGCUGCGGUGACAAUUCCGCUCUGUAA